GGAGCGCGGGGGGCGAUGGCGGCGGGGCCCGGCCCCGGGCCCGGCCCCGGGGCGGCCGCGGCGUCGUGGGGAGGGCCGGGCUGGCGGUUGCCGGGGAGGGUGCUGGAGCUGGUGUUCUCGUACCUGGAGCUGCGGGAGCUGCGGAGCUGCGCGCUGGUCUGCAAGCUGUGGCACCGCGUCCUGCACGGCGACGAGAACAGCGAGGUGUGGCGCAGCCUGGCCGCCCGCUGCCUGGCCGAGGAGGCCCUGCGCACCGACAUCCUCUGCAACGUGCCCACCUACAAGGGCAAGGUCCGUGCCUUCCACCACGCGUUCAGCACCAACGACUGCUCGAGGAACGUCUACAUCAAGAAGAACGGCUUCACGCUGCACCGCAACCCCAUCGCGCAGAGCACGGACGGGGCGCGCACCAAGAUCGGCUUCAGCGAGGGCCGGCACGCCUGGGAGGUGUGGUGGGAGGGCCCGCUGGGCACCGUGGCCGUCAUCGGCAUCGCCACGAAGCGCGCGGCUAUGCAGUGCCAGGGCUACGUGGCCCUGCUGGGCAGCGACGACCAGAGUUGGGGCUGGAACCUGGUGGACAAUAACUUGCUGCAUAACGGGGAGGUGAACGGCAGCUUCCCCCAGUGCAAUAACGCGCCCAAAUACCAGAUAGGUGAAAGGAUUCGAGUUAUCCUGGACAUGGAAGACAAAACAUUAGCGUUUGAGAGGGGCUAUGAGUUCUUGGGAGUUGCCUUCAGAGGACUGCCAAAAGUUUGCCUGUAUCCAGCAGUGUCUGCUGUGUAUGGUAACACAGAAGUGACUUUGGUCUACCUGGGAAAGCCUCUGGAUGGAUGACAUGGAUUGUUUCGUUGGCACGUCGAGAUGUGGAUGUUUGGGAGGAGAAAUCUGCAUGUUGGUUAGAGGGAAACGUGUAUUAGAGGAAAAAAAACAACAAAAAAGUGUGUGUGUGUGUCCAAGAGCCAUCGAGGGAACCACAUGGAGUUUGGAAACAGAGGACCAGCCGUACUUCAGAAAUUGUGUUACAUUUCCUCUUUCUACCAGGCCAGAAAAAUCCUCAGAGCUGCAGUUGGUUGAGUGGGAAGCUGACACAUGCAUGUUGCAACAGAUUUUAUUGCUAAAAUGGCAGUGUGACCUCAAACAUUUAAGAAAGGACUUGAUACAAAAAUGCUUGAGGAAAUUACCCUGGGAUUUGUACGUGGCGUGUUUUGUGAGAGACUCCCAUUUCCAAACUGCUUGUUCCUUCCUUCCCUCCUUGGGGCCAGCGUGGGGGCUGGAGCAGAGCAGGGCUGCUGGGGGUAUUUACAGUUUCUGGUGUCCUGAGAGGCACGGGCUGUGCAACUGCCCUUCUCUGGUAUAACCAUACAACACGUGUGCAGCUAUUUUUAAGUGUAUUUUAAGGGUUGUAUAUAAAGAAAACGUUGAAAGAACAGCUAAAAGAAAGGGUUUGCUUUAUUCUAACUGGGUACAGAAUUUCUUAAAGGAAAAAAUCCCCCCCUCCCUGGCACCAGAAUGCACACCUGGGACAGGGGUACAGCCUUCAUGUCAGUGCAGUUCUGUUGUAAUGUGUUUUGGGAUGCUCUUGUGGAGUGCGGUGCUACUUUGGGUUGUUUCCUGUGAAAGUUUCCAUGGCUUCAGUGACAGGUUUGUUCUCUGUAGGAAACAGAAACGUUUUCCCCACGAGUUUCCUUUCACCAGAACUUGCGCUCCUCUGGGGGAAGGAAGGCUGAGCACAGCACUGAGCUUGCCUUCCUUUCCACGUCAAAAACACCACCUUUUCAAAGCAUUCUUACACUUGCUCAUCACUGUUGUGAGAUGUCUCAAAAUGAUGUGGAAGGAGCAUUGGCCUUCUGCAACCAGACCUUACCUUCAGCUUCAGUGGCUUUAUAAGGCUUUAAGGCUUGCCUGAACCUUUCUUAACUGAAUCAAAUCCCCCAGUACCCCAGCAUUCACCUGCCCAGGACUAGUAAAACUCUCACCAGCCCUUUGAUGGGGAUUCUGGAUCACAUUCAGUGUUUGUGCUCUUCACUGGUUUUCUCAAAGCCAUGUACAGACCCCCCAGGCGUGUCCAUGUGCUGGCAUGGGCAGGCUGGGAAGCUGCCAGGUGUAGUGAGGAGGGAAUUCCUGGUGAAACCACUUUCCUGUGAGGCUGGAAGGUCUGUAGGGACCCCCAGGGCAGGAAGGCUGUGAGCCCCACGGCUGGCUCGUGACUCUGGUUUUGUGCUGGUUGGUGUUUCCCAGAGCUGCCUGUGCUGUUUCAGAGCUGCUUUUUGGAGAGGGAGAAGGAAAUAUUUAUACAACCUCUUUUUGCUUGGGUUUUUUUUUUUGUUUUGUUUUGAGAAUGUGAGUUGCUUGGUAUCAGACACUGGCAAUUCUCUGAGCAUGGAAGAAAGAGGAAUCCCUCUUGGGCUGUUGUUCAUCCCCCUCCCUGUUCCUCAAGGAGGUGAGUGAGGCUUUGCCUUGGAGUGCUUUUGGCCGGGCAGAUCACCAGGUUCUGCCCUGGAACUGUGUAAGUUGUUACCAUUUAAAGGAUUUAAAAGUAUUUAUUUGUUUUGUGUGUUCAUUGCUGAAAGGCAAUUCAAGGUCUGUUCCUCCUGCUGCAUCAGGCAGAAUGUGCUGUGAGCAAUGGAGGUGUUUUUGGUGGUGCUGAGAACAGCCAAAUAAAGGAUGUGGGACGGGCAUCCAAGUACCUCCCGGACAAAUCUGUUACAGGCAUUGAUUGUACUGGACUGUAAAGUGUGUCUGCAGAGCAGAACCAUGGGACAUAGAGUUGGGGAUAAAGGAAACUGCCCAGUUUAGGAAAAUGAAUAGUCCCCAGGAUGAAUGUAUUCUCAGUGCAGUCCUGAAAGACGCAACCUCUGCGAUUGCCCAUGAUCCAGUUAGAGGCAAGGAAACCCUGAGAAUUCCCAGGAGUUUUAAUCACAAAUUCAGAUUGAUUCCCAUUCUUCAGACUGCAUCUUACCCUCUAAAUAAUUUCCCUCUAAAUCAGAAAUGCUGAAAGUUGAGAACAUUCCUUAAGGGUGGGUUUGGGUGGACUCACUUAUGUAAGAUUAUAACUUAUUCCUGGAGACCAAUGCUGGCUGUACAAAAUAUUAAAAUAAACUCUGCUAUCAUUCAGAAGGA